AAAAAUGCUUCAAAGCGCUUCUCGUUUACCUUUUGGGGGACGUUUUUUAAUUAUGAGUUUGAUUGUUUCAUAAACCGAAGAAAUUGAAAAUGUUUAAUGUUUCAAACGCGACUGACUGCAGCGCGUGACUGUUGUCACAUGAUGCGGUGACGUCACGCCAGCGGAAGUAAACAACAGGAAGUUAGCCCGUGAGUCAGCCAAUUUGAAGCUUUUCUUUCGUUUAAAAAUGCCUCAGAGCGCUUUUAUUUGACCUUUUGGGGGACGUUUUUUUAAUCAUGAGUUUGAUUGUUCAUAUACCGAAGAAAUCGAAAAUGUGUAAUGCUUCAACCGCGUCGUUCCCUCAGUCACGCGUUGUCACGUGACGCGGUGACGUCACGCUAGCGGAAGUAAACAACACAAAGUUAGCCCUGGCUGCUGGAUCCGUGUGCGUUGGCCGGAGUCACAGAAGUGGCCGCUGAAGAUGAACGCCCUGGUGGCUCUCUGUCACUUCUGUGAGCUCCACGGCCCGCGGACGCUCUUCUGCACGGAGGCCCUGCACCCUCCGUCCCCGUCGCCUUCCUCCUCCCAGGCGGGGGCUGCGAUGGCCGCGGACAGAGACGCCGAGCGGGAGGGUGAAGGACUCACCAUGAAGGCCCACAGCUCCGCCACGCAGAGGGGAGAAAUGUGUGAGGGGUGUCGCUCCCUGCCUGCACACCACCCGGGCUUCAUGAGCAUGGACGAGGAGACGGGCAUUCGCUUCCUGAGCCACCAGCAUCCCCGCCAGUCUCAGCUGUUCAGCGUGGUGCGCCAGGCCUGCGUGCGCAGCCUCAGUUGUGAGGUUUGUCCCGGGCGCGAGGGGCCCAUUUUCUUUGGGGACGAGCAACAUGGCUUUGUGUUCUCGCAUACCUUCUUCAUCAAGGACAGCCUGGCCAGAGGCUUCCAGCGCUGGUACAGUAUCGUGGUGGUGGCCAUGGAUCGCAUUUACCUCAUCAACUCUUGGCCUUUCCUGCUGAGCCACCUUCGACUGACCAUACAGAGCCUGCAAAGCACCGCCCUCAAGGUGUUUGACGGCGAGCAAGGUGUUUGCCCCCAGAGAGCGGCGAGGAUAAACAGUGUGUUCUCGCCCGCUGUGUUCCCGCAGCAGAGGAGUGGCAACGCGGCCCGCUCCCUGACUUCCCUCACGCAGCAUCCCAACCUGUGGGCCAGCCUGCACUCCUCCUUCAGCUGGCUGCUGAAGGCCUGCGGUAGUCGUCUGACGGAGAAGCUUCUAGAAGGAGCUCCCACUGAAGACACGUUGGUGCUCAUAGAGCGACAGACAGAGCAAGAGGAAGAAAUGAGCUGUUGGGAAGGUGUGGAAGGAGGCGUGUCCAAGCCCCUGACGCACCAAUCAGACAUUGAGCCGUGCCACGACGACGACUCACCUGGGCCCAGAUUUAGGUCACUCAGACACCUGAGACAGGUGCUCGGCGCCACUGACUUCCGGCAGGUGGCGUGGCACGUGCUGAUGGGGAAUCAGGUCAUAUGGAGAGGGGCGGACCCCGGGCUCAUCCAGUCCGCCUUUACAGUACUCAAGUCCUUGCUGCCAGUGGGCUGCGUGCGCUCGGUCCCAUACAGCGCCCACUACGAAGAGGCCUACAAGUGCAACUUCCUGGGUCUGAGCCCCGAUGUGGCGAUACCGCUCCAUGUCAGCUCCUCGGAGUUCUCAGUGCUGGUGGACGUGCACUCAGAGAGCGAUGGUGUGAGCACUCCUGCAGACGACAAGGUGAGCGCACGAUACCAGUUGUCCAUCAGCAGUGCCAGCACGCAGCCUGCAGACAAAGGGCCGACGCUGCUGAACAAACUGGAGGUAGCACUCUGCAACGACAACUUGUCUGUGGAGGUGGUGUCUCACUGUCUGCUGUGUCUGAAGGAGGAGUGGAUGAACAAGGUGAAAGUGCUGUUCAAGUUCUCCAAAGUGGACGGGCGUGGCCGUGAGGACACCCAGAAGGUUCUGACCCUGCUGGGGACCACGGGGCCUCCAGAGGACGACAACGUGCGCCUGCUCAAGUUCUGGAUGACCGGACUCAGCAAGACCUACAAGAACCACCUCAUGAUGACUGCGGUCAGACCACAUGACUCCACUCCCAUCAGUCCCACUCCCACUCACUGACACUCACACACACACACACACACACACACACACACACACACACACACACACACACACACACACACACACACACACACACACACACACACUCACACACACAGAGAGAGAGAGCAGGAAAGUGAAAGUGAAAGUAGACCGCAGUCCCAGUCAGUGACACAGUCACAGAGCAGGAAAGUGAAAGUGAAAGUCAGGAAUGUCUAACUUGUUUUUAUUGUGUUUGCUUUUAACAUUAAAUUCUAUUUUGACUUAA